CGCAGCAACCGCAAGCGCGCAUGCGUCGCGGCCCGCGGCAGAGGGAGACCCGGCGGGACGCGCCUGCGCCUUCUCCGCCGACGCACUCUCGGCACUUGUGCAGAGGCGUCGGAGCGCGUCCUUCUCGCGCCGGGCGCGCCUGCGCAGUGACGCGGUGCGCCUCAGGGGAGGCUGGAGCGGUUCCCUCUCAGGCGGCGCCAUUUUGUGGUAAGAGUGCCGAGAUUCAAAAACAUAAUAAUAAUAAUUCCAAAAAGCACACGCACGCAAGCCCACCGACCCGGUUCUGUGUGAAGUGGGCGACGGAACCAGGGUCCCUGGCAUGGCGGAGACUCUGUCGGGUUUAGGAGACGCGGGUGCGGCGGGCGCGGCGGCCGCGAGCUCCGCGGCGUCAGAGACCGGGACGCGGCGGCUCAGCGACCUGCGGGUGAUCGACCUGCGGGCGGAGCUGAAGAAGCGGAACCUCGACUCGAGCGGCAACAAGAGCGUGCUGAUGGAGCGGCUCAAGAAGGCCAUUGAAGAAGAAGGUGGGAAUCCUGAUGACAUUGAAGUCACCUCUGAAGGCAACAAGAAGAUGCCUAAGAGGCCCAGCAAAGGGAGGAAACCAGAAGACGAGGGUGUGGAAGACAACGGGCUGGAGGAGAAUUCUGGGGAUGGACAGGAGGACGUGGAGACCAGCCUGGAGAACCUGCAAGACAUGGACAUGAUGGACAUCAGUGUGCUGGACGAGGCUGACAUUGACAGUGGCAGCGUGGCAGACUGUGUGGAGGAGGAGGAGGAGGAGGAGGCCACCCUCCCCGAGGGCUUGACAGAGAACACCGAGUUGGUGGAAGGCGACUUGAAGGGGCUCCCAGAGCAGCUGCAGGAGCAUGCUGUAGAUGACAAGGAAGCUGUUAACAACGUGGAUACGUCGUCGUCCGACUUCACCAUCCUGCAGGAAAUGGAAGAAGCAUCCCUGGAGCCAGAAAAUGAGAAAAUACUCGACAUUUUGGGGGAAACUUGUAAAUCUGAGCCAGUAAAAGAAGAAGGUUCGGAGCUGGAGCAGCCCUUUGCCCAGGCCACGAGUAGUGUGGGGCCAGACAGGAAGCUGGCGGAGGAAGAGGACCUAUUUGAGAGCUGCGGACACCCGGAAGAGGAAGAGCAGGAAGAAGAGCAGGAAGAAGAACAAGAGGAGGAGGGAGAUUUAGCUUUGGUCCGCAACAGCGAGUCUGAGUCUCCAAGUACUCGGUGUCAGUGGAGCGAGGCAGACGCCCCGUUAGCAGUAGUGAAAAGGGAGCCGGCGGAGGCGCCGGGUGAAGUCGCGAGCACAGGCGGAGGCCCCGGAAUGGACCGCGAGCCUGUAGGGCUAGAGGAGCCAGUUGAGCAGAGUAGCACAGCUGCCCUGCUCGCGGAUGCCACCAGCCAGGAGCUGGUGAGAGCGCCCACAGCAGCUUUGAGCCCUGAGCCCCGAGAUAGCAAAGACGACGUGAAGAAGUUUGCUUUUGACGCUUGUAAUGACGUCCCUGCAGCUCCUAAAGAGUCCUCAGCCAGUGAGGGCGCUGAUCAGAAAAUGAGUUCUGUUGAAGAAGACUCGGACACAAAGAGGCUUUCCCGUGAGGAGAAGGGUCGCAGCAGCUGUGGUAGGAAUUUCUGGGUCAGUGGCCUUUCGUCUACAACUAGAGCCACUGAUCUGAAGAACCUAUUCAGCAGAUAUGGGAAGGUGGUGGGUGCCAAGGUUGUGACGAAUGCCCGCAGUCCUGGAGCUCGUUGUUACGGCUUUGUCACUAUGUCCACAGCUGAAGAGGCAACAAAAUGCAUUAGCCAUUUGCAUAAGACUGAGCUGCAUGGCAAAAUGAUCUCAGUGGAAAAGGCCAAAAGUGAGCCUGCUGGCAAGAGAGUGCCUGACAGGAGAGAUGGAGACAGCAAGAAGGAGAAGGCCAGCACCAGUGACAGGUCAGCAAACCUGAAGAGGGAGGAGAAAGCCGACAGAAAAGAUGAUGCCAAAAAGGGGGAUGAUGGGAGCACAGAGAAGACCAAGGACUCGGACGAUCAGAAGCCUGGGCCUUCAGAGCGCUCACGGACCACCAAGUCAGGAAGCCGUGGUACUGAGCGCACUGUGGUGAUGGACAAGUCCAAAGGUGUGCCUGUCAUCAGUGUGAAGACAUCCGGGUCCAAAGAGAGAGCCUCCAAAAGCCAGGACCGAAAGUCGGCCAGCCGGGAAAAGCGGUCUGUCGUGUCCUUUGACAGGGUUAAAGAGUCCCGAAAGUCCAGAGACUCCGAGUCACGGAGGGAGCGGGAGCGCAGCGAGCGGGAGCAGCGGCUGCAGGCACAGUGGGAGCGGGAGGAGCGGGAGAGGCUAGAGAUCGCCCGUGAGCGCCUGGCUUUCCACCGCCAUCGGCUAGAGCGUGAGCGCAUGGAGCGUGAGCGGCUGGAGCGCGAGCGUAUGCAUGUGGAGCAGGAGCGGAGGCGUGAGCAGGAGCGCAUCCACCGCGAGCGAGAGGAGCUGCGACGGCAACAGGAGCUGCGCUAUGAGCAGGAGCGCCGGCCAGCCGUGCGCAGGCCCUAUGAUGUGGAUGGCCGGCGUGAUGAUGCCUACUGGCCAGAAGCCAAACGGGCCGCACUGGAUGACCGCUACCACUCAGAUUUUGGACGCCAGGACCGCUUCCAUGACUUCGACCACAGAGACCGGGGCCGCUAUCCCAACCACUCCGUGGACAGGAGAGAAGGUUCAAGGUCGAUGAUGGGAGACCGAGAUGGACAGCAUUACCCUGAGCGCCAUGGAGGACCUGAACGCCAUGGCCGGGACUCUCGAGAUGGCUGGGGCUACGGCUCCAACAAGAGAAUGAGUGAAGGCCGAGGGCUGCCCCCACCUCCCAGGGGCAGGCGUGACUGGGGGGAGCACAGUCGGAGACUUGAAGAUGACCGGGCGUGGCAGGGCGCUGCUGACGGAGGCAUGAUGGAGCGUGAGCACAAGAGGUGGCAAGGAGGCGAGAGGAGCAUGUCAGGCCACUCAGGGCCCGGCCACAUGAUGAACCGUGGAGGCAUGUCAGGGCGUGGCAGUUUCGCCCCUGGUGGAGCCUCACGUGGCCAUGUGAUCCCGCGUGGAGGGAUGCAGGGAGGCUUUGGAGGACAGAGCCGGGGCAGCAGACCCAGUGAUGCCCGCUUCACCCGCCGCUACUGAGCACCUGUGCUGCCCAACUGUGACCUCCGUGUCCUGUCAGGACUUCUCCACCAUUGUAUAAAGGAUUUUUUUUUAAUCUGCUGCCAUAUUGUAGCUUGUUAACAAUGUGAAUUUGUUUUCAUUUGGUUUUUGUUGCUGUUUUUUGUAAUAAAGGUGUUUCUGUUCAUGUGCCCUUUA